AUGAAUAAGUCAGGCCUAGAGUUUAUAGCAGAGAAUGAACCAACUAACCAGCGUGAUGAACCAACAAUAUCAGACAAGAUUGAAUCAAACCAAACACUUGAAGAAUUUUGGUCAAAACAGGACGGUGAACUACCUCGGCAAGUCACGGCUGUGGUUGUCGGUGCCGGACUUCGUGGACAAAAUUAUGCAAACUUUGCUCUAGAUUUUCCAUCUAGACUUAAAAUUGUUGGUGUUGCAGAGCCACAGAAACACAGACGAGAAAAACUACAAAAGUCACAUGACAUACCAGAUGAAUACGCUCUUGAUGACUGGAGUAAAUUAGCAAUAUUGGAUAAAAUAGCUGAUUUGGCAAUUAUUAGUACACAAGAUCAUAUGCAUAAAGAUCCAGCCAUUGCAUUUGCUAAUCUAGGAUAUCAUUUGUUACUUGAGAAACCAAUGGCAGUGAAGGAAAUAGACUGCGAGCAGAUAGCUGAAUCGUGUGAGAGAAAUAAAGUGAUGGCUGCUGUAGGUCAUGUCAUGAGGUAUGUCUACAGGCGUAAAAAUUGA